UAUAAGAAGGCCAAAAUUGAAAAUCCAAUAAACUGGAUCUAAACGAACCCCACCUAAGCAAAAUAAUGUCCGGCGGCAAGAUUUAAUGAUAGAAUUUGGUCUCUGUCUACUUUGGAUCAUUCUCACAGAAUAUGCCCUUUUGCCCCGUCAAACUCUUCCUUUAGCCAUCUUCUUCUUCUUUUCUUCUUUUCUUCUUCUUCAUCAUUCAAAUUUGAUUAUUUGUUUCUGGUUUUUCCAGGUUUGUUUUCUCCACAAGAUGAUCGAUCGAUCCAUAUAAUCCAAUCAGCUUUCCUAAUUCGAAAUUCCAAGAUCGUCUGCGAUCUUCUGAAAACUCGAUUGACUUUUUCGAAUCUGAGUUUUGAUAAAAAUGAACGCCGUCGGUAGAAUCGGGAGCUACAUCUACCGAGGUGUAGGAACGGUCUCGGGUCCGUUUCACCCAUUCGGUGGCGCGAUCGACAUUAUCGUCGUCGAGCAACCAGACGGGACAUUCAAAUCGUCUCCUUGGUAUGUACGAUUCGGGAAAUUCCAAGGGGUUUUGAAGAACAGAAGGAAUUUGAUCAAGAUCGAGGUCAAUGGCAUCGAUUCAGGCUUCAAUAUGUAUCUGGCUCAUACAGGACAAGCUUAUUUCCUCAGGGAAGUCGAAGAUGUGAUUGGAGAAUCAGAGAGUGGUGAAGUCUACACUUUGUCUUCUGGCGAUGAAAUUGAAACCACGAGGGCAAAGAGUUGUGAUGUUGAUGAUGUUGAUAAAAUUAAGAUACCUUUGAAGUCCAAGAGCUGUAACUACGAUUCCGCUAGUCCUCGUAGUGGAAAUGGGAAGAUUGUGGGUAAGCCUGGGAUUCUAGGGUUUGUGUUUGGAGGUAGAUCGGUUAGGGAGAGUAAGCCAGAUGAAGUUAGCUCCAUGGAGAGAGCUGAGAUCGCUGCUGAUCUGUUAGAUGUUAAGUGGUCUACUAAUAUCGAUACGCGUAAGAACACCAAAGGUAAAGCUUCAGAGUCUUGUGAUGGUGAGACUAGUGCUAGUGAGGCUUCUGUUGUGGAUAGCGAUUCGAUAUUGGAGACUCCUCUAGUUGCGUCUCCUACAUUACAGUUUCUUGAUAAGAAAGAGCAGGAUUUUCGUGAAAGCAGCAAUGUGGAAGAUUAUUGUGAAGAGAAUUCACUUCUUGUUGAAAAUGGUUCUUGUGAAGCCGCAUUCUCUGUUACUAGUGAAGGGAGUGGAGAAGUAGACAUCUGUGUCGAAGCUAUGACUGUGGAGACGAGAAUCGAGAAACAGGAUUCUGUUACUAAAUGCGAUUUGGAUUCUAAGCAAGAACUGUUAUGUGCUCCUGAAUCUUUGGAAAGUGUGGCAAUGGGUUUAGCUGACCAAGCGGAUUUGGGGAACGUUGACACUUCUCAAGAAGGAAACAGCACUAGCUCUCCAGUUCACGAUGAAAGUAAGACCACCAUGGAAGAUAUUCGUUUGUCGGAAGGAGAAUUCGGAAUGUCUCUGUCAACAAGUGGAGCAAGCGCCCCGCAAGAAGAGAUGGAAGAGGAACAGUUUUCCUUUAGCGAUCUUGGCGAAUGUAAACCUGAUGGGAGUUCAGGAGGGUCAAGUUUUCCUGAUACAGUGAAAGCUGAUGGGAAAGACAUUUGUGAUGAGAAUGAAACUAGUGCUGAAAACGGCGUGGAAGACUCAAAGGGCUUGUCAGUGCCGAUUGAUAUAGAGAGAAGAAAGGAUAUCUCCGGAGAAGAGAUGGAGCGGUUGGUUGAAUCAUUGCCGAUUAUGCGGCUUCACAACGACGACGAUUUGGGUGCCACUCCUUGUCAGCCUUUGAGCCAGUCAUUCGACCCAUGUUCCAAUACUUCCAAAUGGGAGUUGAGAGAAGAUGAGUCGAGCUCGAGGGCUUUAGACACGGAGAACGUUGCUGACGGUAUCCCAAACUUAAAGGCAUUUAAACAUGUUAUCGCUAAUCCUGAAGUGGUGGAGCUCUCUCUCUGCAAGCACUUGUUACGUGAAGGAAUGGGAGCAGAAGCGGCUUCUCAGGCCUUCGAUUCUGGAAAACUGGAUAUGGAAAAGUUUUCUUCUUUGGGCCCAUUGGUCUUAGAGAAUGAUAAGCUUAUAGUGAAGAUUGGUGGCUGCUAUUUUCCAUGGGACGCAGCAGCUCCUAUUAUCUUAGGAGUGGUUUCAUUUGGGUCUACCCAAGUAUUCGAGCCCAAGGGCCUGAUAGCUGUUGACCGGAAUGAGAAACUUGGUGAUGUAUCAGCUCCGGGAGGUGGAAGCUGGAAGCUUUGGCCAUUCGGAAGAUCAAGGAACGAUGGAGAAGCUUCUUCUAAGGACGUUGCUGAACCUGAGGAGAAACAAGAAAUAUCAUCGCCAAGACCGGUGAAAAAGACGGUCAGGGCGCUAACUCCAACUUCCGAGCAGCUGGCUUCGCUAGAUUUGAAAGAUGGAAUGAAUUCAGUGACUUUUACGUUCUCCACCAAUAUUGUGGGUACACAACAGGUAGACGCCAGGAUUUACUUGUGGAAAUGGAAUGCUCGCAUUGUUGUUUCAGAUGUAGAUGGUACCAUCACGAGAUCGGAUGUCUUAGGCCAGUUCAUGCCUUUGGUUGGAAUAGAUUGGUCGCAAACAGGUGUUACACAUUUGUUUUCAGCUGUUAAGGAAAACGGAUAUCAGUUGAUCUUUCUAAGUGCACGCGCGAUUUCUCAGGCCUCAGUGACAAGACAGUUUCUAGUUAAUCUCAAGCAGGAUGGGAAAGCAUUGCCGGAUGGUCCUGUUGUUAUCUCUCCCGAUGGCCUCUUUCCUUCGUUGUUUCGAGAAGUAAUUAGAAGAGCACCUCAUGAAUUCAAGAUUUCUUGCUUGGAGGAAAUACGAGCAUUGUUUCCUCCAGAACACAACCCAUUCUAUGCUGGUUUUGGAAACAGAGACACUGAUGAGAUAAGCUACCUUAAAGUUGGAAUCCCUCGGGGAAAGAUCUUCACUAUUAACCCAAAGGGGGAAGUAGCUGUAAAUCGUAGGGUAGAUACAAGAUCGUACACAAAUCUUCAUGCUCUUGUCAAUGGAAUGUUCCCAGCUACAACAACCUCUUCAGAAAGGGAGGACUUUAACACAUGGAAUUUCUGGAAAUUGCCGCCUCCAUCGUUUAUGUGAUGAUGAUGAAGAAUUUGAUGAUGAUAACUGUGAUUGUGUUGAAGAAAUUCAGAUUAGAUGAUAGAUGGUGGCAUUAUUAACCAAAGUCCGCCGUAAAAAAAAAAGAAAAGAAAUGAAAGUCCAUCUUGACUUUUUUUUUUGUUCUUUAUUGGACCAUUAGUUUUGUUGGUUCUUUGUUUUUUUUUUUGUCACAUUGGUUUCAUAUCACAUUACGAUGUAUGCCCUAUGUUAUACAUGUGUAUAUAUAUAUUUCUAAAUAGCUGGGCAAUCUAAGAUAUUAUUUGCAAAGUGAUUUUGAGGAAUGGAGCUUUUUCAUUCAAUCUCACUAAAUAUUACCUAAGUAUUUUU